AUGGAUUCUGAGAGUCGGAGUGAGUCGGCCUUAAACAGCCCGACGGAGCCAGAUGUCUCUCUCGCCGCAUCCCUCACCGACCCCUUGGAGGCGCACACCCUUGACGAAGCUCGGAGGACCAUCCGAGAUCUCCGAAUGAAAUAUCGAGCACAAGCUCAUCAACUUCUAACAUGGCGUCGAGCGCAUCGCACCCAGGAGGAACUAGUCUCGCGCCUGCAACGAGAGAAAGCCGAGCAACUCAAGUCUUUAUCCAGCCAGCUCCUCUUAUUCGAAUCUCGACUGGUUCGCAAACAGAAGGAGAUCACCAACAUGUUCGCGCUCAGGGAAACGAUUAUCAUGAAACAGCAGAAGGUAAUCGAAACCCUCCACUCUAAAUUACUCGAUAAUGGUAUCGAUACAUCACAAACUAUACCAGAUUUUAGAGAUAUGUUACAAGACACACAUAUCACGGGCGACUUUGAUUCCCUAAACGAUUCCGAUUCAGCAGUUAUUAUGGAAGAUGUCGAUUCUGACUGCAGUAAUCUGCCCCACGUGCCAAGGUUUAGAUCAACUAACCCAGAUAGCGUUACGAUAGUUCGAUCGAUUUCAGAUGCUAUUGAUCCCAAUCUUAAAUAUAGUGUUGUCAGGCGUUCUAAUGGAUUCCUCAGGAGGCCAGAAAUUCUGGAAACAGUUUAUAGCGUGGAAGAGGAGGCAGAUGGUGAUUCAACUAAAGGCUUGAGUGCACAAAAUAGCACAGAAAAAGAACUGAAGGACGCGAACAAAACUGACGAACAAAAAUAUAAUGAAACCAGCCUUCUAGCUCAAAGAAGAGACAAUUUCCGAAUGCGAAGCAUCGUUUUAACAGCUGAAGUGAAAAGCAUAGACAACGAUAAAGACAUCAAACCGAAGGGUAGUGAUGUGUGGUCCUAUAGCUAUGUGCCAAAAAGAAUGAUGCCUCCCAACGAUUCUGAUGAGGAGGUUACUUCGAAUCCAGAAAGCGAUGAGGGAGAAGCGGAGACUAAGUCAAACCAUGUAGUAACAUACAAUAGAGUCAUGUCCAACCAUAGGAACGUGACAAAGCCUAAAGACGUCAAGUAUAAGAGGAUAAAUAAAGCCAAAUCGAAAAGCCUAGAAGAGUUGCGCGGAAGAUUAAAGAACUGGGUGGAGAAAGGUAACAAACUGUCAGAUAUACCGCUAGAACAUGCGCAGAGUUAUGCC